AUGCCGGCAACACUCAAAAUCCUAAUCUGCGGUGGGGGCAUUGCUGGUAAUGCUCUCGCUUUCUGGCUCUCAAAGUUGGGCAAUGAUGUCACUGUCGUGGAGCGCUGGCCCUCCCUCCGGGUCUCUGGACAGCAGCUGGAUCUGCGGGGGCCUGGGAUCGAGAUUAUGAAGCGUAUGGGCCUAGAAAAGGCGUUCCGCUCCAAACAAGUCGGCGAGACGGGCAUAGAGUUUGUGGACAGCUCUGGAAGGCAGAGAGCCUUCUUCCCGGUAAAUAAGACUGGCAAGGGGUUGCAGAGCUUCACCACCGAUUUCGAGAUCAUGAGAGGAGAUUUGUGUCGUAUUUUGUACGAUGCAACCAAAGACCACGUCAAGUACAUCUUUGGCAUGUCUGUUGAGAGUUUUGAGCAAGAUGACAACUCUGUUGAGGUUCAAUUCUCAAAUGGUUCAAAGGGUCGAUUUGAUCUUUUAGUCGGUGCUGAUGGCCAAGGAUCACGGACCCGAAAGAUGAUGUUAAGCCCCGAUGGUCCGGAUCCUUUUUACUCUCUCCAUAUGUAUAUCGCAUAUUUCAGUAUUCCUCGAGUAGACGAAGAGUACAUCGCCACAUCCUAUCUUGCGACAAACAAGCGCGGUAUUUUCACUCGAAGACAUGAUCCACACACAGUCCAGGCAUAUCUUUUCUAUCUUGGCGACUCCGAUAAACUGGAAAAUGCUGUGAGGAGCGAUGUUAGGGAGCAAAAGAAGGUCUGGGCUGAGCUCUUCCAGGAUGCAGGGUGGAAGGCGCAACGAAUCAUCAAGGCAAUGCAAGACGACUCGGUAGCGAACGAUUUCUUCACUCAUCAAGUGGGACAGGUUAGGAUGGACUCCUGGUCUCGCGGCCGGGUUGUUCUCGUUGGGGAUGCUGCCUAUUGCCCUUCACCAGCUACUGGAAUGGGCACCACAUCGGGACUUGUCGGCGCCUAUGUCCUGGCGGGGGAAAUUGCGAAGCAUUUGAAUCGUUCCAAUGGAGUUGACAAUGCAGAUGGUGCUGCCGGCCUUCUUGCUUCCGCACUAGAAGCUUACAACAGUCAACUCCGGCCCUUCGUAAGCCAGGUGCAACAGCUGGGUCCCCUCUGGGUUCCGGCAUCAUGUUGGGGCAUUUCUAUAUUUAACUUCCUUAUAGGCUUAGCUGCCAGCCUACGUCUUGAUAUAUUGGGCAGAUAUGUCCUCCGCGAGAAUAUACAGUGGGACACGCCGGAGUAUGCAGAGCUGCCACAACUGGGCUCAUCGGAGUGAUGU